AUGGACGCCUCCUCCCUCCGCAUCUCCAAGUUCGAUGGAACUAACUUCCACGCCUGGAAGUUCAAGAUGCAGAUGGUGCUGGAGGAACGGGACCUAUGGGAGGUCGUCAGCGGUGAGAUCAAGGCGGAACAGUGCGAGACUCAGUUGGACCAAGCGACGUACAAGAGGAAGUCAAGAAAGGCGAUGGCAGUGAUCUGUCUAGCCAUGGAAGAUUCCCAGCUACCGUUGGUCCGGUCGGCAAGUGGUGCAUGCGACGCAUGGUCAAGGUUGGAAGACCACUUCGAGAAGAAGAGUCUUGCCAACAAGCUGUUCUUGCGCCGUCGCUUCUUCACGACAAUGAUGGAAGAAGGCGACGAUGUGCUCGAACACAUCAACAAGCUCAAGACGCUGGCGGAACAGCUAGAAGCGGUGGGGGCUCCAGUCUGCGAGGACGAUCUGGUGAUCACACUCCUCGGCAGCCUGAGUGACUCGUAUCAAUUCUUGAUCACAGCUUUGGAGUCGCGCUCAGACACUCUUAGCUGGGAGCUCGUGACGUCUCGACUGCUUCAUGAAGAAAUGAAGCGGAAGGAGCAAGGAAGUAAAGGUGAUGAAGCUUCGCAAGGUCAAGCGUUCAUCACAAGGGACAAUCAGCGCAAAGGGCGACCAGUGAAGAAGUCCUGGCCGUGCCACAAUUGCGGAAAGAUUGGUCACUGGAUGGCGGAGUGCCCCUCGCGCAUCCAAGAAAACACGGAGAGACACCGGCCACAGCGUGCUCAAGACAGCGGCGACCGCUAUCGAUCACAACGUGCAAACGUCGCUCAAGAAGAAGACUCGGGCGACUACCUCUUUUCGAUCGGUGAAACGACAUCUGCGAAAUCGAGCGACAUCUGGCUGGUCGACUCCGGGGCGACGCAGCACAUGACGUGCUCCAAGAAGUUCAUGCGGAACUACAAGGGGUUUGACGCUGUGGAUGUCCAUCUCGCGGAUGAUGGAAUCGUCCAAGCAAUCGGCAGUGGGGACAUUGUCAUGUCGAUGAAGACACCCCAAGGGAUGAAGAAAGGUGUGCUCACAAACGUGUGGCACAUCCCAAAGUUAUCCAGAAACCUGUUCUCGGUCGGCCGCUUCACCAAGGAUGUCGGCCCAGUGACGUUCACGAAGGAUGGGUGCUAUGGAGAAGCGAAAGGGACCAAGUGGAAAAUUGGUGCCCGUGAAGGUAAAGGACUGUUCAAGCUGCAAAUGAAUCCAGUGGCGCCGGAACAAGCAAAUGCAGCCAAGUCGUCGGGAUGUCAAGGGGGCACCAAGUCGUACCUCUGGCACCUUCGGCUUGGCCACAUAGGUCACGAUGAACUCAAUUGCAUCGUGACGAAGAACAUUGGAAUUGGCAUCGACAUAUCUUCGGUGAAGAAGUGGGACGUGUGUGAAGGUUGUGCUCUGGGAAAAACAGACUCGAGUGCGCUUCCAAUCAAACACUACAGCUCGCACCUCCAAACUCCUCGAAGUGAUUCACAGCGACGUAUGCGGACCGAUGUCGAUGGCAACUUUCAGUGGAAAACGGUACUUCGUGACAUUCAUUGA